AUGGCGAGGAAAGCUUUUGGUGCUUUGAAAGAUUCCACAAUGGUUGGGAUGGCGAAGGUUAACAGUGAGUACAAGAAACUUGAUGUGGCUAUACUUAAAGCCACUAAUCAUGUCGAGGUAAUGCCAAAGGAGAAGCACGUACAAACUUUUUUCAAUGCGAUUUCAUGCAACAGACCUCGAGCAGAUGUUGGCUAUUGCUUACAUACUCUUUCCAAGAGGCUCACCAAAACAUCUACUUGGCAAGUUGCGCUAAAAGCUUUAGUUGUUAUUCAUCGUGCUAUGAGGGAAGUUGAUAUAUCAUUUCUUCAAGAGCUUAUUAACUAUAGUGCUCAUCGAGGCCAUUUGUUAAACCUAACACAUUUCAAGGAUGAUUCGAGUGCAAAUGCAUGGGACUAUUCUUCGUGGAUUCGUUCUUAUGCUUUGUAUCUCGAAGAAUACCUUGAAUGCUACUGCUUGGUGAAAUUUGAUUUUCAGAGAGAACGAAAGAGAAUGAAGGAGUUAAACACUCCAACCUUGAUAGAGACUGUACCUUGUUUACAGAAACUGCUCUCUCGUCUUCUCGAUUGCCAGCCAAAGGGAGCAGCUCAAUAUAACUUCUUGAUUCAGCAUGCCCUUUCGAUUGUUGCAGCAGAAAGUGCAAGUCUAUAUGUAGCAAUUGCUGAUGGAAUGCUUAACUUAGUGGACAAAUUUUUUGAGAUGCAACGUCAUGAUGCAGUUAGAGCACUUGAAAUUUAUCGAAGAGCAGGAGAUCAGGCAGUAAAGCUAUCUGAGUUCUUUGAGAUAUGUAGGAACCUUGAUUUUGGACGAGGGCAGAAGUACGUUAAGAUAGAAAAGCCUCCGGAAUCAUUCAUAUUAGCGAUGGAAGAGUACUUGACGGAUGCACCAAAACCUCUAAUGCUUACAUGGAAGCCGGAUGACGAUGACAAAAAUACCAAGGUCAUUGCUGUUCCGGGGUCCAAACUAGAGACUGAUCAAGAGCAAGAAACUGAAGUACAGACGAAAGAAGAGAGUAACGUGGAGACUCCAGCCCCGCCUCUCAUUCCCGACCUUUUAUCUUUUGAUGAACCAAGUGAAGAUCAAUCGAUUGCACCAGAAGAUAACAACAACGCGUUAGCUUUAGUUAUUAGUACACCAGAUGAGUUAUCGAAUUCUUUGAGCAAUUCAGAUCAAAUUAGUCAACCUACAGGCUGGGAGUUGGAACUCGUUACAGCAUCAACGGGGGCAUCCAUAGAUCAAAAUAAACUGAUACAGGGGGGUGUACUAGAUAGAUCAAAGUUGGAUAAUCUAUAUGAAACAGCAUUGGCAAGACAGAACAUUGUAAAUGACCCUUACAAUAGGGAAGUUUCAUCUAAUCCGUUCGAGGUAGCUGAUAAUUCACAAGAUGCAUUUUAUAGCUCAACAAACUCUGGAACAAAUGGUGCACAAAUGGCUGCUAUGGCUCAUUACCAUGACUAUGGUGUUUUCAUGCAACAACAAGUUGCUAAUAUGUCUCAAUCACACGAAUCGUUCAUCGGACAACACGAAGCCUUGAUGAUGCAGCAACAAAUGGCUGUUGUGUCUCUUCAACAACAAACUAUGAUUCAAGAACAUGAAGAACAAAUUCAAGAAAAUAGAGGUGAAGUGCCUCAACUACUAUUAGAAGGACCAGCAGCAUUGGUUAACAAUAAUGACAAAAAUCCAUUUGGGAAUCCUUUUAGUGAUCAAGAUGUUACAACUCAUAAUAAUCCUUCUCAGGAUCAAUCUCAUGUGUCUGAAAAUCAAAAUUCACAGUCUAGUUUAAUCUAA